AGAGUAAAAUAUAAAACACUAAACUUUAGUAUUUGUCCAACCACUUAAGUUGAAUGCGCGCCAAAAAGGUCCAUCCUAUCAAGUCCGAAGACGACCUCUUUCGCUGCCACACAGAGCUGCUAGCAAGUCACUGCCGGCCGGCCGGAGGAGUUUCAAUCAGCUCUCGGAGGCUCACAGUCCCAGUCGAGAGAAUUAGUCCAAGGUCCUCCAUGGGAGCUCAUCACUAACCUCCCGGAAAGAUGAACUCAAAGCAAACUUCAAUCCGUGUGGUGGGGCAGCGCUCGAUCACUUCAACAUUGCGCUUACACCCUUCUGUUCGGUCAAAUGGGAGAAACAAAGAUGUCAAUAUUAAAGCUCCCAGUGAAAAGCGUCCAACUAUAUCUCUCUCCAAAUUCCUCAACAAAAAAUUGGACAAAACUUCUGUUUUACCUGGUUCCGUUAAGAGGAAGGACGAGCAGUUUCUGUUUCCAGAGGGAAGCAAUGACGACAUUCAAUUAGGUAAUAAAGAUGAAAAAAAUGGGGAGAAAGGUCUAGGUCAACAUUGUUCUCUUGAUAUUAUGUUUGAAAAGCUUAAGCAGGCUGAUAAACGGGAAGAACAUGGCGAUAGAGAUCGUAGUUGUGAUGAAACUAUGACUUCCUGUCUGGAAGAUAUGGAAAGAUCAAAGAAAAGGAGAAAGGUGUUUGCAGGUGAUGGUCAUAAGCAAUCUGUUGGAAAGGUAGUGGUAGUCUUAGGAGAGGAUUCAAAGAAUAAGCAAAAAAGAAAUGGAAAGAGGCGUGCAAUUCCUGAGAAAUCAACUACCUACUUCAAUCAUUAUGCAAAUGGAGGUGGCUGGUGGGACUGUGAGAAGGAAGGUGUUGACAAUGAAGAAGUUGGAUGCAAUGGAACAUGGGAAGUCUAUCACAUACCUCAUUAGGGUGAUGUGACUGCCAUUGGUUUACACCUUUUUUUAUAUUUAGAAAAACAUAUGAUAUCUGUUGCAACACAAAUUGACUAAACUGGAGUCUGUAUAAGGGCAAGAGGGUUGUUGCCUUGUUGUUGUCAAAGUUCUGCAUUUCAUCAAACUUUUUUUUUUCUUAAUUCGGUUGCUGUUGUAAAUUGUUAAGUACUUGGACGGUUUGCCAAAUGAUCUAUAUUUGGGACAUGGUGUAAACUUGAAAGUUUAAUUGUUGUAACUUUCGGACAGACUUCACUUGUUGACGGAGAGGGAACAAAGAGCUUGGUUUAAAUAAAUAUAAACCUUUGCUCAUUGUCAAUUUUGCAUCUAAACCUUC